AUGUCUGAACAAGGCCUGCCGCCCGCCCAGCAGGGCACAAAGCGCACUUUAUCCGGCUCCACCCGCCCCAAGCAUUCCAAGGCCCCGACCGCACAUCUUUCCCAGGCUCCGUCCGCCACCUCGCUUCUGCAGGAGGAGUCUCCAAUCACCCCCGAGAUCUUCGCCCACAUCGACGCCAUCAAGCACAUCGAUGACAAGCUGAUCUUCGAGCUCCUCCGGAGCGCUCGCUUCUAUGCAAGCAUUGGAGCUGGCUCAAGCUCAUCGGCCGACUCCAGCAGGCGCAACUCCACCGUGCCCAGCCUGUGCUCCGACAACCGCUCCGACAACCGCUCCUCAAUUGCCUCUUCCGCCAUGUUCUCCCUUUUCAGCAAGCCCAGCCUCGGCUCUCUGAGGUCUGCUACCUCGCAGUCCAGUUCUUCUAGUCUGUCCCGGAGCAAGUCCCACAUGGAACUUCGCCAGCCUUCCAUCAAGUCCGACCGCUCGGCCUCCUCGGCAAGCAACUCUUCUCUCAGCAGGUCGCGGUCUGUUCGCCACGACUCGGCAACCACCAUGGAGAAGCCGCUCCCUCCGGUGCCCAUGAAGGAUGCUCAAGGCCAGGCCGUGCCAUCACAGCCAACCAAGAACUACGCCUGCACUUUCUGCGACCAGACCUUCAAGCACCGUGCUUACUGGCUCUGCCACGAGGAGGAGCUGCAUGAGCAGCCCCGCCGCUGGACCUGCCCCGACUGCUACCGCAGCUUCUUCGCCGAGAAGAAGUACCGCAAGCAUCACUACGAAUCCCACGGCUGCUCUAGUUGCGGAAUGAAGAAGGAUGCCGAGCGUUCGCUGAAUGCCACUGAGCGCUGUUCCAUGCAGGGCGUCAUCGAGGGCAGGGAGGGCAAGCCCGUGCGCAACAAGACAUGUGCUGAGAAGGCCAUGCUUCGCGUUCACAACAAGAAGGCUUACGGCUGCGGCUUCUGCGUGACCUUGUGCCGCAGCUGGAGCGAGCGCUGUGAUCAUGUCGCCCGCCACUACGAGACUGGAGUUUCCAAGAACGAUUGGUGCUUCACAAAUGUCGUCAAGAGCCUGCUCCUCCAGUCCGAGCUAGCCAUUGCCUGGGAAAAGCUUAUGACUAAAGAGCACACCAUUGACAAAACCACCUGGCCGAACUUUGUCUGGGAUAAGCGUGAAGCGCGCGACUUGGUGCGCUCCAUGGAGCAGAACGGUAUGGUGCACGACAAGGUCAAAGAGAUCGCGCGCAGCGCCUACGACCACGCCCACAUUGAAGAAUCCAAGACAAUCGAAGAAGAUACGCCGUCUGUUUCAGCGGAAGUUCCACCCCCCAAGCAGGAGCCCCUUGAAGAGCAAAAUCCGACACCAGCCACCCAAUAUCUCCUUCCCAUGCCAACAGAGCAACGCCCGCACUCCACCCCCGUUCUCUCUCAGAAUCCGAUCCAGCAUCCAAUCCACCCGCACCACAGCACUUUCUCCGUUUCUUCCAUGCCGGACCCGCCCGCCUACACCGGCACUCAGCGUGCCUCGAAAGAGUUUGAGCUGCUCAGCCAAGCCAUCGACGAGCAGCUGGCCUCGGGUCCUUUUGUCGUCGACUUUGACUUCAACCCCCCCUGGGACCCCAUGCAGAUGUCGCCGCAGCAGCCCCCGCAUCAGGAGGACAUUGUCGCCUUCACCCACCCGGGCGCGUAUUCAGCCUUUACCGCCGCGCAUCCCGACAAAGGAGCGUGGCCGCUGUAA